AUGGAUUACCUCAUCCGUUUCGCCCAGACACACGAAAGCUUUCGACGUCCAGAGAUCGAAGCACUUUCGAGGUUGGCGGACUUGGAAUGCGAAAUCAUGUCUUAUUCGGAGGACUCACCGUUUUGUGUGAUUCGGUUUCAAAACAUACUACCCAAAACAAAUCCGGCCACCUCUUCCGGUUCUGACGACGCGGUCGACAUGACCGACUCAAAAGUCCGAGAUUUUAUUUCCAAAUCCAUCCUGGCAAAAUCCAUCUACGAGGUCUGGGGUCAAGGACAAACUUACGAAAAUGUACACAAAGACGUCAAACGGCGGAGUCAACAUUUGUGGUCCAAAUUCCAAAAUGUCACGUUCAGAUUCUCAAUAGACACCUACGGAAUGACGCACGACGCCGCAGACCAGAAAAAAAUGAUUGAUUCAUUUAGCUAUCUCGAUUUCAAGGGCAAGAUCCGGAUGAAGAACCCUCAAGCCGAGUUCGCGUUGAUGGAAGAAUGGUCGCUACCGUCGUCAUUAUACACUAGUAACAAUGCGCAAUCCGGCCCAGCCGCUAAUAUUCUUGUCGACACAAAACCGAACCAAAUCUUCUUGGGUCGCAAAAUCGGCGAGUCGAGACGCUGGCUGAGGGAGAAACACGAUCUCAAAAAGAGACCGUACAUUUCCACAACGUCAAUGGACGCGGAGCUGGCUCUGCUGACGGCAAACAUGGCCUUGGCUACCCCUGGCAAGAUUUUUCUAGAUCCCUUUGUCGGGACGGGAGGGUUCAUGGUUGCUGCAGCUGAACUGGGAGCCAUGACGUUGGGUUCAGACAUCGACGGUCGGAGUUUUCGUGGAAAAGGACUUGGACUGGACAAGGGCGUCGGAGCGAAUUUCAAUAGAUACGGCAUUUCACACCUGUUUGGCGAUUGUAUUACGUCGGAUCUGACAAACACCCCAUUCCGCAGCCCAAGAGGAUCACAACAACCGUUUGGCACGCGGUGGCUGGACGGCAUCAUCUGCGACCCACCUUAUGGCGUUCGAGAGGGGUUGAAAGUUCUGGGGACGAGGAAAGCCUCCGCGUUCUCCCCGGCGAACCCAGACGGCGGCGGCGAUCAGCAUGAAGUGUCGACUUCCUCACCAGUCCCACACAUGAUCGAUGGCGUCUCUGCUCAUACAAGACCGGGAUACAUAGCACCAAAACGGCCCUACUCCUUCAACCGGAUGUUGGACGACAUUUUAGACUUUGCGGCGAGGACGUUAGUCGAUCGUGGUCGGCUGGCGUUCUGGAUGCCCAGUGCGAAUGAGAAUGAGUCGGGUGAGGAGGAAUCGACUCUCAUACCGACGCAUCCACAACUCGAACUGAAGCAUGAAUGCAUUCAACGCUUCAACAAAUGGAGUCGACGGCUGCUGGUGUAUGAGAGAUUGCCCGGAGCAUUGGACACGGACGUUGAUGUUGAAGCACUUCGUCGUGGGAUGGAAGGUAUGUCUGGGACCGCCGACGAGUUGAAUCCUUUCCGCAAGAGGUACUUUGAAUCCUUCGUAGGCACCAAUGGCACGUAG